GUCGGUACAUUUGCGACGCUGUGAGAGAGCGGAGCGAUAUUAUACACCAGUCACUACGGGAGCAAUGGUCCCAGCUUGUCCUCCGUCCGUUAUCGAAGGUAGACAACAGUUGCCAUUCUUCCUACGUUCUUGUCAUUGAUGCGCUCGAUGAGUGUAGUAAUGAUAAUAAUAUCCGGAUGAUUCUGCAACUCUUAGUUGAAGCUCGAUCAAUGCAGAGAAUCCAGCUACGAGUCUUUUUGACAAGUAGACCUGAGAUUCCAAUCCGAUAUCGGUUCAAUCAGAUACCGGAUUCAGAGCACCAGGAUUUUGUUCUCCACAGUAUAUCACCGUCGAUUAUAGACCAUGAUAUCUCUGUAUUCCUGGAAUACAACCUCAGACUCAUCGGACAGGAACGCUCUCUGGAUGCGGGCGAAGAGGUCAUUGGAAAUUUAGUUCAGAUCGCAAGUGGACUGUUCAUUUGGGCUGCAACUGCCUGUCGAUUUAUCCGUGAAGGGAAACGAUUCGCAGCAAAACGACUGGAUAUAAUUCUUCAGGGCAGUGGCAGUGCUGUGACAGUACCGGAGAAGCACCUCGACGAGAUCUAUACUACGGUUCUGGAGCAUUCCAUUGCCCCAGAAUACACAAACGAGGAGAAAGGAGAGUUAUAUCGCAUGCUGAGACAUAUCCUUGGAAGUUUAGCUAUUCUUUUCUCGCCGCUUUCUGCAUACUCCUUGAGCAAGCUACUGAAGGAGGACAUUAACCAGACGCUAGAGGAUCUGCACUCUAUCCUGGAUAUUCCAAAGGACCAGAACUGCUCGCUUCGUCUCCACCACCCUUCAUUUCGGGACUUUCUCCUUAAUAACGACAGGUGCAAGAAUCCAAACUUAUGGGUGGACGAGAAGCAUGCGCAUCAGGCGUUAGCUGACAGCUGUAUACAGCUUAUGUCAGCUUCUCUGAAGCAAGACAUUUGUGGGCUGAAUACUCCCGGUGUGCUUGUAAGCGACGUCGAGAGCAGUCGAAUUCAGCGCAGCCUUUCUUCUGAGGUUCAGUAUGCAUGCCUCUACUGGAUUCAGCAUCUUCACAAGAGCGGCGCUCAGCUUCGCGACGACGACCAAGUGCAUGACUUUCUCCAAGAGCAUCUCCUUCAUUGGCUUGAGGCUCUUGGCUGGAUGCAGAAGGUUUCGGAAGGGGUCUAUGCUAUCGUUUCUUUGGAGUCUAUUACGACGACCUGUAGCUGUCCACAACUAGCUGAAUUUGUUUAUGAUGCGAAGCGAUUCGUCCUCUACAACCGGGCAGCGAUCGAGCAAGCUCCCCUUCAGACGUACUGCAGCGCGCUCAUAUUCGCGCCGCUAAUGAGCAAAGUAAGAGAGCAGUUUAAAGACUACAUACCCCAAUGGGUACAAAGGCUACCGAAGGUCGAGAAUAAUUGGAAUGCCUUGCUGCAGACGCUCGAGGGCCAUUCGUAUUACGUCAGGGUUGUCGCCUUCUCGCCGGACAGCAAGCUGCUGGCAUCGGCAUCAAACGAUCGGACGGUCAGGCUAUGGGACCCUACCACGGGCGCAGCGCUACAAACCCUUAAGGGCCAUUCGAGCGGUGUUGAUGCUAUUAUCUUCUCGCCAGACGGCAAGCAAUUAGCAUCGGCAUCGAGCGACCAGACGGUCAGGCUAUGGGACCCUACCACGGGAGCAGCGCUUCAAACCCUUAAGGGCUAUUUGAGCGGCCGUUAUGCUAUUGCCUUCUCGCCAGACGGCAAGCUACUAGUAUCGGUAUUAUUUAAAGGUAUAAUCAAGCUAUGGAAUACGGUCACGGGAGCGUCGCUACAGCUGCCUGGGGACUGUCCAAGUUGUAUUAAUGCUAUUGCCUUCUCGCCGGACGGUAAGCUGCUGGCAUCGGCAUCAGACGAUCAGACGAUCAGGCUAUGGGACCCUACCACGGGAGCAGCGCUACAAACCCUUAAGGGCCAUUCGAGCGGUACUGGUGCUAUUAUCUUCUCGCCGAACGGCAAGCUACUAGCAUUGGCAUCGAGAGACCGGACAAUUAUGCUAUGGAACCCUAUAACAGGAGUAGCGCUACAAACCCUCAAGGGCCGUUUGGAGACCGUUCGAGCUAUUGCCUUCUCGCCGGAUAAUAAGAAGCUAGUAUCAGUAUCAAGUGAUAAAACAAUUAGGCUAUGGGACACGGCUACAGGAGCAAUGUUGCAAACGCUUAAAAUCUCUUUAGGUGGGGUUUGGGCUAUUGCCUUCUCGCCGGACGGCAAGCAGUUAGCAUUAGUAUCGCUAGACAACACAGUUAGGCUAUGGGACACGGCAGCUAUAGGGCCAAUGUUGCAGACGCUCGAAUGCCAUUCGGAGGAGAUUAGUGCCAUUACCUUCUCGCCAGACGGCAAGCAGCUAGCCUCGACAUCGUGGGAUAAUACAGUCAGGCUAUGGGAUCCGGCCAAGGGAGCGGCGCUAAAGAUGAUUAAUGGCCAUGGAUACGUUAGCGCUAUGGCCUUCUCGCCGGAUAGUAAGAAGCUGGCGUCGGCAUCGAACCGGACGGUCAUUUUAUGGGACGUAGCCACAGGAGCGGCGUUACACAUACUCAAAGGACAUUCGGACUGGGUUCGCGCUGUCGCUUUUUCGCCAGACAGCAAGCAGCUAGCCUCGGCAUCGAAGGAUGGAAUAGUCACGCUACGGGAUGCGGCCACGGGAGCAGCGCUACAGACGCUUGAGGGCCAUCCAGGACAUUUCUCUUUCGCUAUUGCCUUCUCGCCGGAUAGUAAGAAGCUGGCGUUGGCAUCGGAAAAAACGAUCAGGCUAUGGGACCUGACAAGGGGAAUAACGCUACAGACGUUCGAAGGUAAUUGGCACUUUACCGCUGUCGCCGUCUCGCCGGACGGCAAACUGCUGGCAUCGGCGUCAACCGAUGGGACCGCCAAGCUAUGGGAUGCUGGCUCAGGAGCGGUUCUACAAACGCUCAAGGUUGGCGCCGUUGUUCAGACCCUUUCGUUUUCUAAUGAUGGGACCUUCCUACAAACAAACAGAGGGCCCUUAUAUCACACAUUUCACUCUGAUAGCACAGCUGUUUCUCAACCGAAUCUUCCGCAAUCUCUCUUUAUCAAGGACCAAUGGGUAAGCUGGGGUAUGGAAAAUAUUCUCUGGCUUCCUUUCGAGUAUCGGCCAAGCCACGUCGCUGUGCAUGGGAGCAUUAUUGCUUUGGGUUAUCCGUCUGGACGAGUAACAUUUAUGGAGUUUGCUUUCUAAAAGAUUCCCUUAACCUCUUCCCUGUCCACCUCUAUUGCGAUUAAUUGUCAUUUUAUACUCUUUUGAGAGAAGCAAAAGUAGAAAUGCAACGUCUUUCAAAU